AUGCCUGAGCAUGUUGUCAGUCAACAACAUUUCACCAAUACUGCCAGGAAGAAAAGUAAAGUUCGCCUCAAUGACCAACUCAUACCAAAACCAAGUGAUAUAAAUAUGACGGAGAAAAUGAUCAAGAUUGCAACUCCAAAAGAACAUCCUUAUGCAUCCCACAUCUCCCGGUUUGCAAUGUUCCCAUCCUUUCACUCUCCAGAUGACCCUGACACAGGAGUCAGAGCUGCCUCCCAACCUUUCCUCAACCCCCUCAUCCCGACUGGUGCACCAGAUGUCACUCUGUUGAGCAAAACUAUAGGUGGUCCGUACCGGCAUGAGAUCUUGGAGACACCCAACAGAAUCAGGAGGAAGGCUGCUGUAUGGACAGGAGAACAUGGUUUCUUGAAUCAUGCAAAGCCACUGAAAGGAGACGGCCAAGUAUUCUACCCCACUCCUCCAAAUAUAGUGCUGCCCAACCCUAAACUUCGUGACUGGAAUUUCACAUUAUCUGAGCGGACAAGCAACAUGCUGAAAAAUAUGGAGAGGACACACUGGGUCACCUCUUAUCAAAUGCACUACACAGGAUCAGGGCCAGCUAAUCCUCUGAAGAUAGAUGACUUCAAAGAAAAAAUGAGUGAUCUAACUGGGAUGACUUCACAUGCUGCACUACUGAGAGAAAGAUCCUAUCCUGUGUUUGUUCCCUCUAAACCAAGAGAAGGAUGGAGAAGAAGACAGGGGAGUCAUGUUGGGAGGAGCACCUGCAGCCCGGCUGUUGCUAUUCUCCAAAGUCCAUCUCUAGCUCUGAACCAAGGCACUGCUUCAGCAACUAUACACCAACAAAGGCCACAAGAGAUCACAGCUAAGCAUAAUGAAGCACCAGAUCCAAACCAAAUGGGUCAUAGUCAGUCAGAGUACAGCAAUGGCUCCACAGAAGCAAUGAGCACUGAGCUUUCCCAGGAGGUCUUACGCAAACAAAAAGCUAAGAGCAAAAGCUCUGCAUAUCAGGGCAGGGAGAAAGAAAACUGCAAAGUCAAGUUUGAUGAAAGUCUCAUGCAAGAAUCUGUGUCACAGAGAAGCCAAGAGGCUAACGCUGCUCAGAUCGCAGACACAGAGAAACCCGUGGACCUGCACAACCGCGAAUCACAUGCUGAGUUAUUAUCAAGGGCAGCUUCAGAAGAGGAGAAACUGCCAGAGGGCAAAGAGCUGCCACGCAGUAUCUCUAACCCCUGCAUCCUGCCGAGGCCUCCUGUCCUGCCUGGCAUUCGCCCUGUGGGAAGAGCUGGGACUGUGGGUAAAGGAGGUGCAGCUCUCAGCCUUCUGGACCUUCAAGAUUCAUUCAGUAAGUCGGAGGCCCAUCGCAACUUCAACAGCUCCAGCACACGUGCUGCUGUCAACCUGAGGGACAACGUAGUCACGGGGAAAAAACAUGACUUCUAUGGGAUCAACUGCUUCUACCUCCAUGGAUAA